AUGUCGGGCGGCACUAAGCAAAGGAAAAAGAAGAAGGAAUUCAUGCCAUUAACAGAAUUCCUGAACUCUCCUCAAGCACCUCAAGCAUCUGGUCCACAUGGAGCAAGUGAAAACUCAUCAACUUUUACAACAUCUUUGACAUCAGUUGCACCAGUGGAGGAUACAAAACAAACAAAGGCGAAUGGAAACGUUACUGACCCCGCUGUAAGCAAGCCAGCACCUGUAGCUGAUACUGAGUAUGAUUCCUCGAUUUGCUUCAUCUGUACAGAGCAAAUUGUAUGGUAUGCUGUUGGAGAGUGCAAUCAUAGAGUUUGUCAUAUAUGCUCCUUGAGAUUGAGAGCUCUUUACAAGGUCAAGUCUUGUGCUCUGUGCAAGACCGAACUACACCAUGUCGUCUUUACCAAAUCAGCAACCAAGCCGUUCUCGGAUUUCAACAUUAUGCAGAUUCGUUUGGUUGAUCCUAAGCUUGAUGUCUACUUUGAUGAACCCGAUGCUAUGGAAGAUUCGAAUAUCUUGUUGAGAUUCAACUGUCCUGACCCAAGUUGUGACGUGGCAUGUCCUAACGGAUGGGCACAACUGAAGGCUCACGUCAAAAAGGAUCAUGGCAUGCUCAUGUGUGAUCUAUGCACAAGACACAAAAAGAUAUUCACACACGAGCAUUCGCUAUAUACACAAUCCACACUGAAUCGCCAUUACUCGACUGGUGAUCCUGAUGAUCCGUCAUUCAAAGGACAUCCAACUUGUGGAUUUUGUAAUAUGAGCUUUUAUGGUGACGACGAACUGUAUACGCAUUGUCGAGAAAAGCAUGAGCAAUGCUUCCUCUGUCAACGAGCUGGUCAUCGAAAUCAGUAUUAUGUUAAUUGGGACAGUCUGAAUCAACACUUCAACCAUGAUCAUCAUCCCUGCACGGAGCCAGAAUGUCUAGAACAGAAAUUUAUGGUGUUUGGUUCAGAUCUGGAUCUCAAGGCUCAUCAGCUUGAAGUACACCGUGAUUCAAGCGCAAAAAAGAGCUCAAAAAGCAAAUACCAAGCAGUCGAUGUCGGAUUCACUUACGCUGGUUCUCCUUCAAGGAACAACGCAGAUCGGUCCAGACCAUCCCGUAGCAGAGAUGACAAUAGUAGUAGUGCAAAUAGUAGUACGAACAACAGGCUGCAGCAACGUAAUCAAUAUGCUGCUCCCGCUGGAUCGUUAGAACUUCCUGAGAGAACUAGGACACCUGUGGCUCCAUCUCCGGCAGUUACUGCACAAACAGUGAAUACACCACCAGGUCUUGGAGCACCGGUGACGGCAACAUCAGCAACUACACCGUCUUCUACGCAACAACAGCAGCAACCCUCGCAACGAAAACUACGCCCACCACCGGGAUUUGGAGCUCAACUCUCGUCGGCUGACAGUAAUAGUGCAGCUGCUAUACCCACAUCCUCGUCACAAGCACCACCCUCACCAACUAGAGCUCUAGAUCAAUCACCUUUAACACCUGAUGCCGAUCUUAAUAAUAUCCUAACUUCGCUGUUAUCGACAACACCCACAUCGUUAUCGGAAUUCCGAGAAUCUUUAAGGCAGUAUAGAAUGAGUUAUACCACAGCAGAUGAUUUGCUAGAAAAGAUGAUUUCUUUGGCAAUGAUUGGUCGUGGAGCUGUGUCCAAGAUACGAAAGGAUACAGAAAACGAGGUUGGGCGAGCAUGGACACGGCUAGGUAGUGUCUUGCCAGAUACAGAAGGAGAAGGUAUCCGUGGAAUGCUACGAGCUUGGAAUGAUUGGAGAGCAAAGCGUGAUGGAGAUACCUCAGCUACACUUUCAAGCUAUGCCAAUCCAUUAUCGAAUGCCUUUCCACCAACUCCAACAUCAAGUAGCAAUGGUGGCAAAGCCAGAGUACUAGUUAUAAAAUCAGCAUCAUCACGACAACGAAAUACAGGUACUGGAGCUUGGGCAGCUUCAUCUAGUCGACCUCCGUCACUACGUAGGAAUAUAGUGUCUAGUGCUGGCAGUGUCUCUAGCAACAACUCGACCAUAUGGGAUCGACUUGCUGAUGAAGUUACAGCCGAACGGAGUGGUGCUAGUCCAGCAAAUAGUAAUACCAAUGGGCGUCCGGUAGAUUUCCCUACAUUAGGAGCAUCCUCAUCGUCGUCUUCUGCCACGGCUGCAUCACAGUCACUGUCACGCCCGAGUUUCGUAGAAACUGCUGCAUGGACUCCCACAGUGUCGUCAUCAUACCGUAAUGCAACCGGUCAGGAUCGAUCUGGAUCUUCACUUUCGCGUAAUCGUGAAGAUGUCUUUCCAGCAUUACAAAGAACUGCUUCAAGUGAUCGACCUUCCACACCGUCUGGAGCUUGGGGUACUAGUACUCCUGUAGAGGAAGCUUAUGUGCCAGAAUCACAAAAAAAGAAAAAGAAGGGAAGACAAAAAGAUAUCCUUUUGCAAUUCGGUUGA